AUGGAUGCAGCCACAGCUUACAUUCCAGUUGCAUACGGUUUGCCCGGAAAUAACUUCAACAUUGGCUAUGGCGACAAACCAUACUUUGCCCCUAUUCCCGGUGUCUCACCAGAAUUCCAUAACCUGCAGGGUUAUCUUGUACAGCCAGACACAAUUUUUGUCGGCGGCUUUCCAUUGAGCACAACAGAAAGUGAUUUACGGAUGUUUUUUGAAAAUUACGGUGAGGUCAAAGAUGUGAAGUUGCCACAUAAUGAAAAAGGCUCCUCGAAAGGAUAUGGCUUUAUUAAAUUCAGCAACGAAGAAAUGGCUGGAAAAAUAUUGAAAACGGCUGAGUCAAGCGACGGCAAGCUCGAUCUCAAUGGUCGUAAAAUAAACGUAGCACGAGCAAUGCGUCGUGUGCAGCAACCUGCUUUUAGCCCAGGCAAGUUUUUUGAAGCGGACUACCUGUUGGCAACACCUAGUGGACAUCUUAUCCGUAAUCCUUAUAUAUGCUCGCCAAUUCCAUUAACGUUAACACAGCCUGUCGAGUUAAAUGGCAUCAAUAUUUUGCGAACGCAAAUGCAGUUUUACAACAUGGCCAACAGCGGAAUUGGUGUGCAGCAGCAAGGGCAGUGUGGGACAUACGAAAUUGGAAGUGGCGAUGGUACUCAAAACCAGAACUUCGAACAGUAUCAGAAUAUGCUUACCGGUAGCACAUCUCCUCCUAUGUACGGAAAUAACAUGAUGCAGCAGGAACCACCGAAUACCACACAGCAGCUAUCAAUGAAGAGUCAACCUUUAAAUCCGAAUUACUGUUUUCCUGUGGUUCCUGUUCCACAAGUUUCGGCGGUUAAUUCUCUAGAGUUUUCGUACCAGCAAACUUACAAUGACGGUCCGCCUCCCAAUUUCACCACUGGAGAUAUUUUUGCUAUAUGUGGUCUUUCCGUUGAAAAUUGUAUGUUUGUUUUGGAAUAA